CUCCCAUCUUGUCCCUUCAACUCUUUUUCUCUGCUAUGGGACACUCUCCACCUCUCCAUUCCUCAGGAUGAGUUAGAGAGGAGCUGAUCGACCUCUUCUUGGGCGAAGCAGAGUGAAAAAUGCCAUCAUUAGCAAAAAGGAAGAAUUUCUCCACAAAAAGAGUUAGACAUCAGAAGGGGUUGCCCAGGGAGGUGGUGGAGUCCCCAUGCCUGGAGGUGUCCAAGGAAUGACAAGGAAUGAGCACUCAGUGCUCAGGUCUGGUUGACAAGGUGGGCAUCAGGCACAGGUUGGAUUCGAUGAUCUUGGAGGUCUUUUCCAGCCUAAAUGAUUCUAGAAUCCUGUGGUUCUGUGAAGGAGGAGACAGCCCAUGGAACACAGCCUGUGCUGCUUGCAUGUGGGGUGAUGCAAAAAUAUGAAAAGUCUGCGAUGUUUUUGAGGGAAAAAUAUGCAGGAUUUGCUUUCUGCUAGGAUAAGCUGAUGCAGCUCAUUCUUUCCAAAUCAGACUGUUUAUAUUCUCUGCCUUUUUCCUACACCAUUCUUUCUCUUUUUUCCCCCGAACUACUGACCAUCACUGUUUAAAAUACAGGCUUUCCACGUGAAAGGCUCUUUUUGGGAAGCAGAACUUUCCAUACUCCUGCUUUUCAGCUACACAUGGAGAGAGUGCUCGGGAGGGAGUCAAGGCUGACACACAACCCAGUGCUGUGGCCAGGGAAGUUCUGGCACAGCUCCACUUAACCAUCUUCCUUACACAUGAAGAUCCUAAAGCUCCAUGUAAGUUUUACUGUUUCACUAAACCAUAGAGCAGUUCCCUGAGGGAAUAGAAGGGAGGAGUUAUUGUAGGGUAAUUUUACAGGAGCUUUCCUAGACCUUAAACACCAGCAUUACUCUCCUGUUCCAUGUUCUCAGUGAUGCUUUCAAAUAGUGGUGCACUGUUGUACGGGGGGGAGAGACAGGGUGGGUACAUGUGUGUGUAUUUUUACAAAGACUCAUUGUGGCAGGGGCUUCUUGUCCAAAAUUCUGUAUUUUUCUGGGACAGACUGGAGUGUUAGGAUGAUGUGGACUCUCCACACUUUGGAGCAGUGGUCUUCUGGCACAGUGAGGAAGCACUUGGCUCUCUGUACUGCUUUUGCCUCUCUCUCUGGACUGGUUUUUGGCUGGGAUAUUUUCUUCACAGUAGCUGGUCUGGGGCUCUGUUUAGAGCAGUGAUGGAAGCACUGGGAUGUUGUACCUGUUGCUGAGUGGUGCUUGCACAGUGUGAAGGUUUUUUCUGCUCCUCACCCUGCCCCCCUGUGAGGGGCUGGGGUGUGCAAGGAGCUGGGAGGGGCCACGGCUGACCCCGCCUGACCACCGGGAUAUCCCACGUGUAGGACCCAUGCUCAGCAAUAAAAGCUGGGGAAGAGGGAGGAAGGAGGGCAUUCCCAAGUCACCUUUACACGUGAUGGAGCCCAGCUCUCCCGGAAUAGGAAGCUUUGCUUCCCUUUAUCACAACCCAUGAAUUUUUGCACAUUCACCCCUCUGAUUGUCCCCAUCCCACUGUGGGGGUAAGAGCGAGCAGCUGCACGGGGCUGAGCCCCCCCAGGGACUGCCCCCCAACAUGGAGCAGAGCCAGUCUGGAGCUGUGAAUCCAGUGCCCCAGCUCACUAAUCCUGCAUCAGCUGGCUGACCUUCACUGCCCUGGCCUCCGAGCAGCCCACUCCCACAUGAAAUCAAAUAUUCCUGCCUGGCAUUGUUUUGGGUUUUUUUGGCAUAACCAAACCUAAUGAUUCGUGUGCAACAGCCCAGGAGAGAGCAACGAACCAAUUGUAAAAGUGCAAAAAAUGGGCUUUUGUGAUCCAUGGGCUGUACCAGCUCCUGAGCGAGAAGCGGCACAGCUGACGUGUGUAACGUAACAGGAGAAAGAGGUCCAUGAAAUGUGCCCCCUUUGCCAGCAGCAACGGGUGCUGUGCCAAGAGUGACCCUAGAAGUUCUCUGUAAAAGAGCACAUUGACUCGUGUUCUAGCAAGAAACUCAGGGAAAGCAACCCUACACCUUGCUAAUCUCUGAUCUUGGUAAGCACUGGGGUUGGGGCUGGCCUGGGGAAGCUGUGAUUUAAAAGGAAAUGCUGCGUUUUUGGGCACUCUGAAGACAGAGCACCAUAGGUGAAGGAGUUCUGAGGACUUGGCUGUUGGUGGGGCAGGUUGGGACACAGCAUACGAGGUUUAGAAAGGUGACACUGUGGGUGGGGAGGGAAAGGGGAGCACCAGGAGAUGCAUGGAACAUGGCAUGGCCAUAAAAGACAAAAAGCAACAACUUAAUCCCCCCUGAUCCAGGCUGGGAGAUGUGGCUACACUCUUGCCCAAAUGAGGAGAGCAUUGGCUUCAUCUCUGCGUAGGGAAGAGGGAGAUGACCCCACUUCCAGAGCUGCAGGACAAAUCCUGCUCUCACCAGGGCAAUUUGCAACUGUCAAACCCACUUUGUCUAGUGCUGGUGUACAGCAGCCUCGGUGGAAUUUUAAAUUCCUGCAUAAUGCAGGUUGUAAUGGUAGUUAUCACCAAGAAGUAAUUUUGCAAACAAACCAUAAAAUAAGGCUCAAUUAUGGGCAAGAACUCUCCCCCCACCAAGGCCUGGAUACAGCCAAGUCUCUAAACCAUUAACCUCCAGCUACAAUAAUUCCAUUUUUACCAAAAAGUGGGAAGUCUGAAUGUUUUAAGAGGAAUUUUCAGUAAGUGAGCAACCAUUCCUGUUUUGCUGAUGUCCCUAAUUUCCUUUUACCGAAUGUGUCUGGCAGGGAAUUACAGUCCCAACCCACUGUGCAAGAAGCAGAGGAAAGGCACAGCAGGUGCUGUGACAUUCAGGGUCACAAAGGGACCAGUGCCCUCCAGCAGCCCCACACCACCAGCACCCUGCCUGGAUCCUGCUGUGAGCCCCCCACACCUGCAGCCAGGAGAGAGGGGGGUCCCCACUAAGGGGUCCCUGCCAAACCUUUCCUUCCCUGCAAAGCUGUUGCAAAUGCUGUGUCCUGGGGCAGCUUAUUAUACCUCUGUUGAUGUCCUGCCACACCAGCGCUUUCCAUGGCUUAUUAAUUAACUCCCACCCACUCUGUGAAACACCUAGCCACUCCCUGUGUCCUCACCUACCCAUUUAUAGCCAGGAGGGGAUGCUAGAAAUAGAUACGUGGGCACUAAGAGGCAGAGGAGAUGAAAAAGGUGCUGGACUCGAUUUGCAAAUGAGACAUUUCCCAGCUCGAAGGAGCAUGAAAAGCCCUGGGUGCACUCCAAGGUAAGGGCAGAGGGAGCCGAGUGCUCGGGGUGCCGAAUUAAAACUGCGGGAAGUUCUGCUUCAGGUAAUCCCUGGAAGUUGUUAAUAACCUAUAGACUUAGUUCCAGUCUGCUCCAGUGUAAGGGAUUAAUUUUGCCACGAAUAUUUCUUUCCGGUGUUCCAGGUCUUUUAAUUUGAAAGAACCUUGUGAAGUUGACGCAGAGGUCUGUUAUUUUCUGCUUAAGCCAAAGCAACAAGGAGGUUGCCCCAAGCCUUAAAGCAUCCGUAGCGGCACCUCCAAGAGAGGCAGUUUUCCAUGUUUUCUUCGCAGCUGGGAGAUGGCACAGCACAGGUUGGAAAGGCAAGUGGAGCCACCGGCGCCAGCCCUGCCGAGUGCUCCGCAAGUCUUUUGGCUUCUUAGAAGAAUUGUGUAUUUUGACAGUCAGCUCCCAGGUGCUUCCUCCCAGGGCUCCCAGGCUGGUUGCCUGUCACGGACGCUUAGGCAUACCAGAUGUCUCAUCAUUUUCAGCCUUUUGCUGGGACUCAUCUUCCUGUCAGGAUUCUUCCAUAGGAAGGAUAAGGAUUAUGGAAUCUUCGACAGCCACGAGGACCAAACUGUCGCCUUCCUGCAGAAUCUCAAACAGCCACUGCUGACCUCUCCCACGCCGUGCCAUGCCAAGACAAACGUCAUGUUCCUCAAGACCCACAAGACAGCCAGCAGCACCGUGCUCAACAUCAUGUUCAGGUUUGCAGAGAGGUACAACCUCACCGUCGCCCUCCCCGCUGGCCAGCUCUUCCACCUCGGCUACCCGAGGAUUUUCAGGGCCCACUUUGUGGAGGAUUUUGAAGUCAUAGGCCAAAACUACAACAUCAUGUGCAACCACCUGCGGUUUAACCCCUCGGAGGUGCAAAAGGUGAUGGCACCCAACACCUUCUACUUCUCCAUCCUGAGGAACCCCAUUCCUCUGAUGGAGUCUUCCUACAUCUACUUCAAGAACAAUGUCCCCGCCUUCAGGAGCUCCAAGGACGUGAACGAGUUCCUGGCAUCACCCACGAGGUAUUACCACCCAGCAGAUUACAGGGAGAACAUCCACGCCAGGAAUAUUAUGUGGUUUGACUUUGGCUACGACAACAACGCGGAGGACGACACAGAGUACACCCAGGGCAUCCUCGAGGAGAUCGAGCAGAACUUCCACCUCAUCCUUAUAGCAGACUACUUCGAUGAGUCCAUGAUCCUCUUGAAGCACACUUUGUGCUGGGAUCUGGAUGAUGUGAUUUACUUCAAGCUCAAUUCCAGAAGUCAGGACACUGUCCAGACUUUGACUCCGGAAAGUGAGGAGCGGGUAAAAGCGUGGUGCUCGCUGGACUGGAAGCUCUACCUGCACUUCAACCAGAGCUUCUGGAGGAGAAUUGAGGAGACCAUAGGGCUGGAGGUGCUGGAGAAGGAGGUGGAUCACCUGCGAACCAGACAGAAGGAGCUCAUGGAGACCUGUCUCUUGGAGCAGGAGCCAGUGGGGAAGGAUCACAUCCGGAACAAAGCUUUCCAGCCUUACCAGUCAGGGGCUGCAAAUAUCCUGGGGUACAACCUCAGACAGAACUUGGACAACAGGACUCUGAGAACCUGCCAGAAACUGGUCAUUCCAGAGCUCCAGUACACGACCUACCUUUACACUGUCCAACACCCACACAAGAAGGGGAAGGAGCUGGGGUUGCCAUUGCCGUGGACCAGUCCCCAGGAGAGGAUGCAGCUCCCAAAUACCAACUAGGACACAUGACAACCCACUGUGGCUUCCCACUGCUUCGCAUCACCCCAUGUCUGGCAUGUGACUGACUGACACAAGACAGGACUCUUGUGCAUGAGGGGAGGCAGUGGGGGCUUUGUUCAGGGUCACCGAGUUGGUGGUUGGUCCCUUUUUGGGGACCUUGAGCCAAAGGCUCUGUGUUGGUCAGAUCCUGUGUGAUCCUUCCUGCCUGCUCCCAGCUGGGGAGUGCUGGGCAGGCUGCAGCUGACAUAGACAUUCCAGCUUCUUAAUCAUUAAUUACAGGUGUGAUCAUUUGCCUGCUUUAAUUUCAUUUGAUAUCCAUCACUACAUCCAGUCUGGUCACA